AGAACAAUGCCGUACUUCAGUUGCACCCCGGCCAGAAGACAAGCAGUACACAGAAGACGAGUUGCGCGAGUGCGAGGAGAUCCUUAUCGAGUUUGCAAAGAAGCUUGCCAAGGAAGAAAACAUCGUUGAUCUGCGAAAGUUGCUUGUGAUUACUCGUCCUUUCUACGACGUGGUUGGCAAAGCUAAAGCCAGCAAGCUUGUCCGAGCGUUAGUGGAGUGCUGUCUAACAGUACAUCAAGACAACAAUCAGAAGGUUGCUCUGGUGCAAGAAUGUAUCGAAUGGGCCACUCAGAACAGUCGACUCUUCUUGCGCAGAACGUUACAAGCUCGUCUCAUGCGUCUCUAUAAUGAUAUUGGACGAUAUGUCGAAGCGCAGAAGCUUGCUGGUCCGCUGGUAUCUGAACUGAAGAAACUGGAGGAUAGAGAACUGAUAAUGGAAGUGACUUUAGAGGAAAGCAAGAGUGCAUUUGCUCUCAAGAACUUUGCCAAGGUAAUAGAUAGCGUCGUACUAUUGAACAACUGA